AUGUCUGCUGUCAACAAUGGCGAGGCCGGCGCUGUCGGCCAGGAGAAGAUCAACACCGACAUCAUCACCCUGACGAGAUUCCUCACCGAAGAGCAAUUCAAGGUCAAGGAGGCAACCGGUGACUUCACUCUGCUGUGCCACGCCCUGCAAUUCGCAUUCAAAAGUAUUUCGUACUACAUCCGCCGCGCAUCCCUGAUCAACCUCUCCGGCCUGGCGGGAUCUUCGAACUCGACCGGCGAUGACCAGAAGAAGCUUGACGUCAUUGGCAACGACAUCUUCAUUGCCGCCAUGAAGAGCAGCGGCAAGGUCAGGAUAUUGGUGUCGGAGGAAGAGGAGGAGGCCAUCGCAUUUGAUGAGUACCCCGAUGCGCGGUACGCCGUCGCAUGCGAUCCCAUCGACGGCUCCUCCAACCUGGAUGCGGGAGUCUCGGUCGGAACGAUUUUCGGCAUUUUCAAGCUGCCUGAGGGCGCAAAGGGCACAAAGAACGACCUUCUUCAGGCGGGCACGGAGAUGGUCGCCAGCGGUUUCACCAUGUAUGGCGCCUCGGCGCAGCUGGUCAUGACCAUGAAGGGCGGCAGCGUCAAUGGCUUCACGCUGGACUCGUCUCUUGGCGAGUUCAUCCUCACGCACCCCAACAUGAGGAUCCCGAAGAGUCGUUCCAUCUACUCGGUCAACGAGGGUAACAUGCUGUACUGGGAGGAGCCGACAAAGGAGUACAUCAACAUGCUCAAGUUCCCCCCGGAUGGCGGCAAGCCGUACAGCGCAAGAUACAUCGGUUCCAUGGUCGCCGAUGCCUACAGAACACUGCUGUACGGGGGCAUCUUCGCAUACCCGGCCGACAAGAAGACCACCAAGGGCAAGCUGAGGAUUCUGUACGAGUGCGGCCCGAUGGCCAUGGUGUUUGAGAACGCGGGCGGGCAGGCGGUGAACAGCAGGAUGGAGCGGAUGCUGGAGGUGCUGCCGGAGCACAUCCACGACCGGUCGGGCAUCUUCCUCGGCAGUUACGACGAGGUGCAGAAGGUGAUUGACGUGCACGCGAAGCACAAGAAAUAG